CGAUCCCGUGCAGCUCCAGCGGGUGCGUCUCACCCCAUGUGGCGAGCCGAUCGCGCGCUGCGUCCUGUGUGCUGAUUCUGCAGAUCGGCGUGUACUUCUCCGAGGUCAACUCGUCGUCCGGCAACGCCAAAUACGUCCCGCGCUCGCUGCAGCUCGAUUUGGAGGCGGGGGUGUGCGAUCGGGUGCGGAGCGGGCCGAUGGGGAAGCUGUUCAAUCCCGAGACGUAUCUGCAUGCGGAAUCGGGGGCAGGGAACAACUGGGCCAAGGGCUUCUACACGGAAGGAGCGGAGCUCAUCGACCCGAUUCUUGAAGUGUUGCGGAAACAAGCUGAGCUAUGCGACGUUCUCCAAGGCUUCCAGGUGAUCCACAGUAUCGGAGGCGGAACUGGGUCCGGGAUGGGGUGCCUGCUGCUCUCGAAAAUGCGGGAGGAAUAUCCUGAUCGAAUGAUGGCGACAUUUUCCAUUUUGCCCGCGCCAAAGGUGUCCGAGACCGUGGUUGAACCAUACAAUGCCAUGCUGUCCAUGCAUCAGUUGGUGGAAAAUGCCGAUCUCUCGGUAUGCUUGGACAACGAAGCGCUAUACGAUAUCAGCAUGCGCAACCUCAAGAUCGCCAGUCCCAGUUUUACGACACUCAAUGGGAUUGUCUCUAAAGUCAUGUGUGGUGUCAGCACGAGUUUGCGAUUCCCCGGACAGCUGAACGGUGAUCUGCGCAAACUGGGCAUGAACCUGAUUCCCUUCCCCCGCUUGCAUUUCCUGAUGCCCAGCUACGCUCCGAUGUACGACGCGAGAGGCCAGUCGUAUCAGAGCCUCUCGGUUCCCGAGCUCGUGCAAGGAUUGUUUGACCGCAGGAAUCUGCUCGUCGCGUGUGAUCCGCGUUUCGGACGUUACCUCACGGCAGCUACCAUUUUCCGGGGAAAUAUUGCUUCCAGAGAGGCCGAAGUGGCCGUCCGAGAUCUGCAGACCCGCGGCUCGAGUCAGUUUGUCGAAUGGAUUCCUGACAACGUUUCCGUGACCCUCGUGUCUGUUCCACCCGUCGGACAAAAGCAGGCUGCUGUGGCUUUAUCGAAUUCGACCUCCAUCCAGGAGCUCUUCCAGCGCACCCAUGAGACGUUCAGUGCCAUGUAUAAACGCAGGGCCUUCCUGCAUUGGUACACCGGAGAGGGGAUGGACGAAAUGGAGUUCUCCGAGGCCGAGAGCAAUUCGCAGGAUCUCAUUGCCGAGUAUCAGCAAUACCAAGAAGCUACAGCUGACAGCGAGGAAGACUAUGAGGAGGAGGAGGAGGACAUGUGAACGCCAUCAUAGAGUUGGUUUACAACCUUGGAGGAGAGAUUUAAUUUCGUUCAUUAACACAGGAACGCACUGCUUCGGCUACAUACCGCAACAUUUAUCCUCAAAAGAUCAUUCCUC